ACACACACAGUCGUCUGAACGAGCAGAACAAGAUUAUCUCAUAUUAUUGAUGUCUUUAUUUUAUGUCCAGCUGAGUUCUGGGUCACACAGUGGAGACGUGAGGAAGAGACACAACACUUUGUGAGUACAUGACGACGACUUACACAAAGAUCUGUGAGGAGACGGUGGAUUUUUGAUUUGGUUUUCCUACGUGAUGAUUGCAGGAACAGACACAGCGAAUAAGACUGCAAAUACAAACUCAGUGGAGCUGGAAGCGGAGCACCCGCAGAGAGUGCCAGGGGCAGAGCAGGGAGGGGUCGCACCCCCCCAGGUGAAGCUGAAGGAGAGGCAGAAGUUCUUCGAGGAGGCCUUCCAGCAAGACAUGGAGCAGUACCUGUCCACCGGCUACCUGCAGAUCGCUGAGAGGAGAGAGCCGAUAGGAAGCAUGUCCUCCAUGGAGGUGAACGUGGACAUGCUGGAGCAGAUGGAUUUGAUGGACAUGUCUGACCACGAGGCCCUGGAUGUGUUCCUGCACUCGGGCGGGGAGGACAACAGCGCCACCUCCCCCGUCACAGAUCCGGAUGUGGAGUCCUUCACCACAGAGAUCAGUCUUCAGGUUCCCACCCAGGCCGAGCUCCGCCACAAGCUCUGCUCCCUGUCGUCCACCUGCACCGACUCCGCCAGCCAGGACACGGAGGCCGGGGAGGAGGAGGAGGAAGACGAGGAGGAGGAGGAGGCCGAGCAAGGAGGAGGUGCUGGUGUCGAAGGAUCCGGGGUAAGAAGAAGGAGGAGAAGGCCGCCGGUGGUGGUGACCCUGGACGAAGAGGAGGUGCAGCCCGACAUGGCGCUGGUGGAAGGGGCGGAGCAACAGGAGCAGACCAGUAAAGACUGUGAGGAGAGGGGGCUGAGGGUUUGAGGAGCGAGGGACUGGAUCCAAACACAAACACACAAACAUGCAGAGCUGCCAGAUCGCACACUGCACAACAUUGGCUUCCUUCUCAAAUCCCUUUCACAUCACAGAGGAGAAAACAUCCAGAGGAAAACACGCUGAGGUUGCACUAACUGCCACAAACUGAACUGCCUUAAAAGACCACUGGGGUUUCAAUUUGAGUUUCAAUCUUGUAAAAUAGGUUUGAGUUUCCUUAAGAAUUAUAGGAUUGAACAAGCACAUAAAUAGUUCGGCCUUGAACUUAGGAGUCAAUGGGAAAAUAUGAACUUUAAAAUCAUCCAUGUGUCCUUUUCAGGUAACAGCACGUAUCGAUACUUCAGCAUACAUGUUUUCUUUCAUGUGGUGAUUACUAUUAUAUGGUAUUUAUUAUAUAAAUGAACAGUCCCUUUAAACACAACUGAUUUUUUUUCUGAUCGAGAUCCAUGAAUUGUUCUACGGGGGAAAAACACCACAUUAUUUCAUAGUGCUAAAGAAGGAAAAUAAACUUGAAAUUGUUCUCCUCUGACCUGCUGAGUUUCGUGGUAAUUUGUCCUGUAGUUUUUGUGUAAUACGGCAAAAUAACAAACAGCAAUUAAACCAACCCUGCCAGCUUUAAGACAUUCAACUUUUUAAAGUAAGUAAAAGUUUACUUUAUUUUGGACUUGUUUUAAGUUAUAUGCCUUUGAUCACUUGAAGGAUCCAUUCACCCAAAUAAAAACAGUGACCCAGGGUUUGACGUGUCCAUGUGCGAUUUCUUUCUUUCCAGAAACAGUGUCCUGUUGCUGCCAAAUAAUGUACAGAUCUCUAUAUUUGUUUUUGAUAUUUCAAAUACUGGUUUUAUAUAAUCGUAAUUUGGGUGAAUUGACCCUUUAUUGAGAGAGAACGCUGAACAGUUAGAACAGGACUUUAUCUGC